GACCAUUCUCUUUUACGAGUAUCUCCUGACUGGAUCAUCACUAUGAAAUUCUCACUACUUGUUUGCCUUUUUGUCCUGUGGCUGAACAUGGACAUUUCAUUGUCGCAGAAUGAGCCUGCAGGCUGUGAGAAUCCACCACCUCUUCUUCAUGGAGACAUCAAAUAUGCCAUGAAAAGUCAGUACAACCAUAAUGAAAGAGUUGAAUACAUGUGUCAGAGGUACCACACCAUGGAGGGAGAGCCUUACAGAACCUGCGUCAACGGUGAAUGGACCGGACAGCUGAGAUGCCUCAAACCCUGCACUGUUGAUGACAUCGACUUGAGGCAACGUAAUAUUGAAUUCAGAUAUAACAAUCACAGAAAGCUGUAUGCAGCCCAUAAUGAUGUCAUCGAGUUUCAGUGUACCCAAACAAGACCUGUCGGCGCAAUGCGUCUCAAGUGUAAUGACGGUGUGAUACCUCUGCCCACGUGCAGUUGCCAAUAGGAGUUUUCACUGACUGGCAGUGACUCCACUUGUUUGUAGUGUCAAGACAAUACAAACAACACAAAUUACAAAAAAAUUAAUUGUCUGUAAUUAAAAUCAGACAGCUGUGAUGUGGACAUUCAGACGCAGUGUAUAUAUUUUUAAUUAAUGGUACAUUAGAGUUGAAGUCAUUGAAAUAAAAAUCUUUUUAUUUUGAGUCCUUGAUUGAAGAAAAAUGUAUUUGAUAUAUAUAACCUCUUUCAGAAAUGUCAGCGCUGUAAUAUAAUAAUAUAAAAUUUCAACUAUUGUUUGGAUUCCCAUAAAAUAUGGCACAAACAAUCCAAUGGGGUCAAAGUUUUCACUUAUUCAAUGAAAUAUCUCCAACAGGACACUUUGUUAUAUUUAUGUCAAGAUACACAAUAUGUAUGUACAGAUAUUUAUGGUGAAUCCUGCAAAUGUAACACUAACAGACUAAAUAAAGAUAGAGAAUAUGGUCAGUGUUAGC